AUGGCCCGGCAGGUGGGAGGAGGACCAAUGGCCGCUAGUGGCUUCAGGACGGCGGUUGGGCGGUGAGUAACGGGGUGCUGUGAGGCGAGCGAGCUAGUUGGGGGGACGCGCGUCCUUGGCUCGGGCCGCGGUUUCGCGGCGUGGCGGCGGUUGGGCGCGCGGAGGCACCUCCGGGGUUUGGCCGGCGGGAGUUUCUCGCAGCAUUUCCUUGUGAGAGGGCGCUGCUUUGGGCAGGGGGUCCUGCCGGUUCCUUUGCCCCGCCGGCUGAGGGGAUUUCCCUCACCUCAGACACGGAUUCCUGGCUACGUGGUGCGGGCAGGACCGCAGCUCAUCGCUGUUGUCUUGGGGGCACGCAAUCCGCACAUCCGCGCCACCAGGCGUAUCCUCUUCCUCGAUAUUUGGCAGAUGGAAACAGGGACGCGCUUGUAACAACCCUGUUCUGAUUCCCCCAAAAUCGCUCCCUGAAACCCCUUCCCACCAUUUCACAUGGCUGGAUGCUCUUCACCACCAGCUGCACACUCCAUUCUGCUUUCCAUCGAUUAGGAACAUGCGAAGCUGCCUUACACUGGGUCAGACCGUUGGCCCAUCUCGUUUAGUAUUGUUUGCACUGAUUGGCAGCAGCUCCUUAGUCUUUCAGACAGUGGAUUUUCUCAUCCCUCGCUAGAGAUGCUUGUGAUUGAACCUGGGACCUUCUGUGUGCCAAACAUAUGUUUUACCACUUCCCCAAGUCAAGUGAAUCACUGUUCUUUUGAUAAAGAUGUGUUUGGAAACGACACGUGUGGUUUGUGUGUGAUCCUUUGUAGAAUCACAAAAUUGUAGAGUUGGAAGGCACCCAGUGGAUACCAGCUAUGGCCCACACCUUGCAACGCCUUGUUGCAGAGUUUACUGCUUGCUACGUGGGUGGCGCUGUGGGUUAAACCACAGAGCCUAGGACUUGCCGAUCAGAAGGUCGGCGGUUCAAAUCCCCGCGAUGGGGUGAGCUCCCGUUGCUCUGUCCCUGCUCCUGCCAACCUAGCAGUUCGAAAGCACGUCAAAGUGCAAGUAGAUAAAUAGGUACCGCUCCAGUGGGGUUGUGGCGCUCAUCUCACUUUAUUGGCCAAGGGAGCCGGUGUACAGCUUCCAGGUCACGUGGCCAGCAUGACUAAGCCGUGUCUGGUGAACCAUAGCAGCGCACGGAAAUGCGGUACCUAUUUAUCUACUUGCACUCGGACGUGCUUUCGAGCUGCUAGGUUAUCUGUACUUAGGGCCAAUUGAAACACCAUAAUUUUUAUACAGAUUUUUUGGCAUGUGCGAGAUGUUGUCCUUGCCUAGUCAAAUGAUUUAACAUGGUUCCAGAUUUAGACUAGCUCAUGUUCUGAAUUUUCUUUCAGAACACUUGAUUGUGCACAUUGUUUUAAGUAUGCUGCUACAAUCUGUAAUGUAUUAACUACUUGUUAUAAUAUCAAAAACGAGGAUUUGUUUAGGGCUGUCGUGUGAUUAAAUAAUUCUUAGUUGAUUAAUGAGUGGAAUAAUGCGUUUGUUAAAUUUGCAUAGGCAUUAAAACAACAGCUCUGAAAAAAGCAAGCUUUUAACUGACUAAGCUUUUAACUGAUUAAAUGUUGCAGCUGGUAUUUCCAUUUGUAAAGUAGAAUACUGCCAGAUAGGUAGGAUAUAAAUUAAAUAAUAUAUGGUUGUAACUUGGAAGUGAGUUGCAGAGCUAAUUUUUGCAUCAUCAAGAGAGCUUCUCUGUGACCUUCCUAUUCAUGUUUGAUGCACAGGGAGUGCAAUAAAAGGGGCUGAAGGAUUUACAUUCUAGAAAGAGUUCCUAGUAAGAUAUGUUACAACAAAUAAGUUCAUUUAAAUGUAAAUUUGUUUCGUGCCAUAUCUUUUAGGCUUAGGUAUUUGCUCAUGGUGUCCUGAUCACAUGUUACAUGCAAACAUACAUGAAAACACCUGCCAUCAAUGAAAGCAUGCUUAUCAAUAUAUUUCCCCCAGAUUUGUGGCCCACCACAGGGUUGUUGUCUUGCACAGCAAUUACGUAAGUGGGGAAAUAGCAAGCAAACCCAGAAUGGAGUACUGAAUGGAGUGUUUAUUAUAAAACGGAGAGCAUUUAGUAGAUACAAAUUUGUCUAAAGUUUUUACAGUCUGUGCCCUUUUUGUACCACCAGCUUAAAUGAACUUGUCCUAUGGAGAGAUAGGCAGAUAGAAGACUUUCUCAAUGCUGACUGCAUUGUUACAGAAUUCCCUCCCAUUGGAUGUGUGUUUCUCUCAUUGACUGGUUUUGUUUUCUUCUGCUUUUAAGUGAUAAUGAUAUUAGUCUAUCUAGGUUCUUAAUGUUAUAAUGUUUAAGUAUUGCUGCUAUUUUUUUUAGUGCUGAUUUUGAAAUUAUUUGAUUUUUUAUUAUUGUAAAUCUUAGAUGUGAUUUUUAACCUGUUUUACAAUUAUCUUAUUUUAUGACCAUUGUAUGUUUUGACUCUGAGAGAAUAAAUAUCUAAAUAAACAAAAUGUUAAAAAUAGUAUGCAUUAGUGAAAAUGCCAGUUUUGAUGUCCAUAGUCAACUUCUAAAAGUUGACAAUAAUAUUUUAAUGUUACUGUGAUGUUAUUUUUGCUUAAAAAAAAAAGAGUUCUGCAGUCUUACACUAAUUUAUCAGGAAGUAAACCCUAUUAAUAUAGCAGUGCCCCAUAGUGGUACAACCUUCUGGAAUAGUUAAGUUUAUUUUAUUAUUAUUUAUUUUAUUAUUGUUAUUUUAUAUACAAUUUUUAAAAAUAUUUUUCUUCUAAAGUGGAUUUAAAAUAAAAACAAAAGCAAUUUGUCAAAAACAAUAUUAAAUCACCUUAUUGUUUAUAAUCAAAUUGGUUUCAACAAAGUUUGGACAAAUGCACUUACUCUAUAAACCUUUCAGAAGCUGUAACUGAGAAGGUGAGAAUAAACUCUCUUUGGAACAGUUAAAACACACUUCUCAAGAAAUUAUUUUCUGCUUUUACCUCAGGCUGCCAGAAAGAAAAAUGUUAAAUUUCACCAUGAUUUUAUUUAAUAUUUUUAUGCAAUAUUGAGCAAAUAAGCAGGUUCAUGUAAUAGUGCAGAGUUAAGUCCCCCCAUGCUGUGCACAAAAAAGCAGAAUUUACUCAAUUUUGCAUUUGUUUCUUGUAGUAUUUUUAAGUUGUCCUAGUCUUGUGCCUAAGCUCUGCACCUUAAAUGAAGUUUUCCCUCUUGGAUUAUAUAUCCAACAAGAACAUUCCCUAGAAUUUGGCAGGAAACAAACAUAGUUUAUUUACAUAGUGUGAUCUCUUUUGUAAAUGUUAUAAAUCACAAAAUGUGCAUAUGUUUGACUAACUGUUUGAAUUUCCCCCCCAGUGCACUAAAAUCCAGAUUUUUGGGGAUAGCGUCAAACAGAUCCAAUCAGCAGGAAUGCAUGGAUAAUUAAAGCUUCCAAAAAUGAGUCGUGAAUUGUUACCCUUCUUCUGGAAUCCACAAUUUGAGGACAGUAAGUAGUUAUUUUUGCUUUGUGUGGUGUUUUAGAGAUGCAAUUCUGUCAAGUGAACAAACAAACUAUCAAAAGAGAGAGAGAGAGAAAUCACACUGACAUUUAGUUGGUGUCAUCCAAAAGGACUUGCUGAUAAAGGCUUUUGUAUGUUAGGAACAUAAGUUUUCCUCUGUUGAUACCUUUUAAAUAUUUAUUUGUAGGUUUUAACAGUCAUUGUGUUUUGUGGAAGAAAUUGCAGGUAGCAAUCCUGGGCCAUUAGAAAGCAUCCUGGAACAACAUUAUUAGGAUUAACUAAAAUUUCUCAAAACAUUGAGCAAGACUUCAGGCUCCGUAGAAGCAUUCCUAAGACUAGAUGUUCAGUCUCUAUGGAUGGAGGCUCAUAACAUUAUACAGGAGGCAGCAACUAAAACCACCCCAGUGAAAAGGAAAUGCAAGAAAGCAAAGUGGCUGUCCAACAAGGCCUUACAAAUAGCGGGGGAGAGAAGGCAAGCAAAAUGUGAGGGAGAUAGUGAAAGAUACAGGAAAUUGAAUGCAGAUUUCCAAAAAAUAGCAAGGAGACACCAGAAGGCCUUCUUAAACGAGCAAUGCAAAGAAAUAGAGGAAAACAAUAGAAUGGGAAAAGCCAGAGAUCUGUUCAAGAAAAUUGGAGAUAUGAAAGGAACAUUUCGUACAAAGAUUACCACAAUAAAAGACAAAAGUGGAAAGGACCUAACAGAAGCAGAAGACAUCAAGAAGAGGUGACAAGAAUACACAGAGGAACUAUACCAGAAAGAAAUGGAUGUCUCGUACACCCCAGGUAGUGUGGUUGCUGACCUUGAGCCAGACAUCCUGGAGAGUGAAGUCAAAUGGGCCUUAGAAAGCACUGCUAAUAACAAGGCCAGUGGAAGUGAUGAUAUUCCAGCUGAACUAUUUGAAAUUUUAAACAAUGAUGCUGUCAAGGUGCUACACUCAAUAUGCCAGCAAAUUUGGAAAACUCAGCAGUGGCCAGAGGAUUGGAGAAGAUCAGUCUACAUCCCAAUCCCAAAGAAGGGCAGUGCUAAAGAAUGCUCCAACUACCGCACAAUUGCACUCAUUUCACACGCUAGCAAGGUUAUGUUUAAAAUUCUACAAGGCAGGCUUAAGCAGUAUGUGGACCGAGAACUCCCAGAAGUGCAAGCUGGAUUUCGAAGGGGCAGAGGAACCAGAGAUCAAAUUGCAAACAUGCGCUGGAUUAUGGAGAAAGCUAGAGAGUUCCAGAAAGACAUCUACUUCUGCUUCAUUGACUAUGCAAAAGCCUUUGACUGUGUUGACCACAGCAAACUAUGGCAAGUUCUUCAAGAAAUGGGAGUGCCUGAUCACCUCAUCUGUCUCCUGAGAAAUCUCUAUGUGGGACAAGAAGCUACAGUUAGAACUGGAUAUGGAACAACUGAUUGGUUCAAAAUUGGGAAAGGAGUACGACAAGGCUGUAUAUUGUCUCCUUGCUUAUUUAACUUAUAUGCAGAAUUCAUCAUGCGAAAGGCUGGGCUGGAUGAAUCCCAAGCUGGAAUUAAGAUCGCUGGAAGAAAUAUCAACAACCUCAGAUAUGCAGAUGACACAACCUUGAUGGCAGAAAGUGAGGAGGAAUUAAAGAACCUUUUAAUGAGGGUGAAAGAGGAGAGCGCAAAAUAUGGUCUGAAGCUCAACAUCAAAAACGAAGAUCAUGGCCACUAGGCCCAUCACCUCCUGGCAAAUAGAAGGGGAAGAAAUGGAGGCAGUGAGAGAUUUUACUUUCUUGGGCUCCAUGAUCACUGCAGAUGGUGACAGCAGUCAUGAAAUUAAAAGACGACUGCUCCUUGGGAGAAAGGCGAUGGCAAACCUAGACAGCAUCUUCAAAAGCAGAGACUUCACUUUGCCAACAAAGGUCCAUAUAUUUAAAGCCAUGGUUUUCCCAGUAGUGAUGUAUGGAAGUGAGAGCUGGACCAUAAAGAAGGCUGAUCGCCGAAGAAUUGAUGCUUUUGAAUUAUGGUGCUGGAGGAGACUCUUGAGAGUCCCAUGGACUGCAAGAAGAUCAAACGUAUCCAUUCUGAAGGAAAUCAGGCCUGAAUGCUCACUGGAAGGACAGAUCGUGAAGCUGAGGCUCCAAUACUUUGGCCACCUCAUGAGAAGAGAAGACUCCCUGGAAAAGACCCUGAUGUUGGGAAAGAUGGAGGGCACAAGGAGAAGGGGACGACGGAGGACGAGAUGGUUGGACAGUGUUCUCGAAGCUACAAACAUGAGUCUGACCAAACUGCAGGAGGCAGUGGAAGACAGGAGUGCCUGGCGUGCUCUGGUCCAUGGGGUCACGAGGAGUCGGACACGACUAAACAACAGAUGUUCAGUUAAAAAAAGAAAAAAUAUGUUUCAGAACAUGGCUGGAAAAGCUCUAUGAUCUGCAGGAAUUAACUGUAGAUGUGAUGAGUCUUCAUAUAUUUUUCAUAAAUCUGCUUCCAAAUUGGACUUCCAAAUAAUUUUGGCAAGAUCAGGGUAGGCAAAGGUCAAAGAAGGAAAGGAAUGAAGGGAGAGAUUGGUGUUGGAUUGCUUGUACAGCCGAAAGGACUCUUUAACUUUCACAUAUUUGACUAAUCCCAUUUAAGUUUCAGAGUUAGGCAGCACUCUUACAUUCCAAAAGUACGACAACUAGACAUUAGUUUUUAACAUUUUUCUAAGAAUCAUAGGGAACCAUAUUUUGCAUUAAAUGUCAGGUCCUGAAAUAAAAUAUCCUGAUACAUAGUAUUGAUUUUACAGUCCUUUCUGUUUUUUCCCAAUGAAAGUUAAAGAUAUAUUUUCUGGUCUCUCUUUGAUACCUUUGUGCUCUAGCAAUAUUUUAUUUUUUUCCAAUUUUUAUCAUGUUUUUACAAGAAAAUCUCUCUUGUCUUAAAAAAUGUAGUGAAAAUUCCAAUAAGAAAUAAACUGUCAAUUUCUCCACUGAAUCCCCUGGCACUGCUGGUCCAUUCCUUCAAUGUACUUUAUCCAUUUCUGUUCAGAACCAUCAUCAUCCAAUCCAUCAUUGUUGAUGCUGAUCCAGAUUUUUAGUGCCAGGGAAGAACAGGCUGUACAGCUGCUACAAGAUUUUGUUGUAACUCAGUUGUCCGUUAAUAGACUCCUUCCAAAUGAUUCACUAUUAAAGUUAUCAUAUCAAGAUUCAGUUUAAUGCUCAUCAUUAGAAUUAUAGUCUUAUCACCUAUAUCCAAUAGCGUUGAAUAUAUUGAAAUCUCCACUAAAGAUGGAAAAAAUGUAUGUGUGAUCUGUUUGACAUUUUCAAUAUUUGAAUAUCUGAAAGACUGUCUCAUUACCUACAGACCCUCUUGGGUGUUAAGAUCAGCCCUGUGUGAUGAAGGGUGGGUAAAAUUUGAGUUGAUAACAAUAAUUAAUAAUGAAUACAUUUGAUAAAAUAUUUUAUUUAACACGCUAGCAUUAGAUUCAAUAGUUUAUGUUCCCUCAGUACAGAAAGAAAAUUGCUUUAUUGAAGUUUAAUUUUUACUUCAUUGAUAGUUCAUUGUUAUUUAUAUGUAUUUCUUUUUAUCUCUAGCUUUUAAUCUAACUAAUACAUUUGGGACAGCAUUUUAUUGUUCUUCCUUGUGUUCUCUUCCACUGAGUUAUUAUUAUUUUUCUGAACCAGCUUCCCGUUCCUAAUUUUUACACAACAAAAUGACUGGAUCUAAAAAUACUGAAAGUUUCUAACAAUAGCAAUACCCAGCCCCAUGUUUGCAACCUGCUCUCUUCCUAUGUUAUGAAUUUAUCAAUAAUAAUCAUAUCUUAAUCUUUGUUGUUUGGGGGAAAUGCUCCUAAUAUGCCAUCCAAAUUAAACCUUCUAACAACUAUAUGGUUCAAUUUUCUGAAUAUUCAUUUCAUAGUUUAUUUUAUAAUUGUGAUAAGGCUUGCACAAGUCUAAUCUCAAACAUCUAACAGGGUUAUUCUAUCAAAUAAUGUGAGAAUGUUGGACUUAUCCCCAACAGAGACAUAUACUAACAGUGAAUAAAUCUAUGCACUUUGUAGGCAGAUAUAGUUCUAUUCUUCUCAAUUAGCUAUAGAAAAUGUACUGGAAAAUUCUAAAAUUAUGUAAUCUGUGUACAUCAUGAGGGUGUAAAUCAUCCUAAGGAUUUUCAAGUCCCAUUAUAUGUGGAGUUAAAGUACUUAACUUUGGCAGAAUCAUACCUUUACUGUUAACUUUAAAGCUAUGAAAAUAUUUAAGAAUGAUUUUGCUUGGUUACAUCCAUAUUAUUAAAGUAAAGCAUAAAACGAUCUGUUCUGAACUAGCUAGUAGUUUCAAAAGACAUUGUAAGUUGAAUGCUGUAUUUGAACAGAGUAAGUUUUGGGGAAAGGUCUGGCAGGCAGUGACCAUUUUAGGCGUGCCACAUAAGUGAGCAACUACACAUGUGUGCAUUGAUCCGAACCCAGAAGUGACCCCAAAACAUCACAAAAAGGGGUAGGGUGGCCCCAUGCAGGCCCUGCCAACGUGGAAUGUAACCCCCACACAAAUUGGUUGCUGCCUGUACACAUAAGAACUAAUGCAUAUUAGACAUGAUAGGGCGGGUGAUAUAUAACUCACAGAAAAUUGGUCAAAAUGUUACAGCAUUGAAAUAUCUUUAUGGUUGUGUUCACAUUUAUCGCUAAGCCAUGAUUUGUUCAGUAAAUCAUCUUAACAAGCAUGUUAUGGUCUGCUUUUACAAAGCUUUCUUUCUUUGUUUUCUAGUUGCUCUUGUCUCACACAUUUGAAGCAUAGUUAGCCUUUGGGGUUGAGUGUCCAAACAAACUAUAGUUAAAACAGGCCCUGGUUCAUAUGCCAAAAGUAAACCAUGGGGUCACAUAAUGGUUUGUUGGUAGAAAAGAACCAUGCUUAGUCUGCUGGGCUAGGUUCACAUGUUCAAACAAGACAUACCGGUAGUUCAAAUAAAGCAUAGACUAACAAAAUUAUGACUUUUUGUUAUGUGUAAAUCAGGCCAUUGUCUAGCUCCACAACAUAGAGUUAACAUUUUGUAAGGCUUCCCCCCCUGUAUGUGGUAUAUUUAAUAAUAAAAACUCUUAUAGGGAAAAGGGGAAUCUUCAUCUUCACUUAGUGGUUGGUUCUAGUUACAAUAGCUAGGGUUUCUAUAGCCAAAAUGUAUAAUGAGGAAUGUGAGGGACAGUUGUUUGGAUUAAUAGAAAAUAUUCUGCUAAAUGUGAAUUGACAAGUACCCUUGCUGUUGGAAAACUGUAAGUCAAGAUGCUUUCAAAAUAUAAUGGGCAUCCAGAACAUAAUAUGAAGUGCAUUUCAGGUUAAAGUUUAAACCAAUACUAUUACUAUAUGCACUAACUUGCUUCUAGUAAAACUAUAGCUUGACAGCUUUUCACCUGCAAUCCUUCCUGAUAAAGAUGUUUAGGGUUAAGGUGUACAUUUUAAUGGAUACUGUUGCCACAUUUUUAUUGAAAUGGCUCAGAAUUUGACAUAUUUGAAUGCUGAGCCUUUAGCUGAGUUGACUAAAAGAAGGCUUAAGAUUUCAACCAUUUUCCUGUUGGUUCCUGUCUUGAUUAGUUUACCAAGAUUAAGCCAGAGUACUCCAGUUUGGAUUUACUGGGGAACUCUGACUUAAUGUAAAUUAGAAUCUCUGUGCUGAAGUUGGUGUGCAAGGGGAGGACAGGCAAAGGAGGUGUAUGUGGUCAUGAGGUUUGGCCAUGCAUCAUAAAUCAUAAGUAGUAUAUGAAACUAUGGACAAUUCUCCAGAUAUGGCCAGUAUUCAUCGAAUGUGUCUAGUCCCUAUUAUACAUGCGAACCAGAGCUGUAAAGCAACUGUAAAUGGUAAUUUAAAAUGUAAGCUUCAGUUUAUAGCUGCUGUUUGUACUAUGCAUGUUUGUGUUACUGAACAGAACUGUGUUCUGCAAAAAUUAUGACAAAGCAUGCAUUUGAAAGGGAUGUUAAAGUAGUUUAUUCUGCAAGGAGGAUUUCUCAGCACCCAGGAUUGUUAAUAUAGAACUGGCUUUUCACAAUUUCCUUUGCCCCAGUUAAGUCAAGAAGCAUUACAGCUGUCAAGAGUAUCACUAUAUGUGGGGGUUUUUCAAGCUUCUUCCCCAGCAAUAAACUGGGCUGAAACUUCAGUGACAGGAAAUUUUUAGAAAGCUAAUAUACUAUUGUACAAUAUGCACAAUAACUUUUUGUGGAUAAGUUUCUAACCUCUCCAAUGGUCUUCCACCUUUUUCUUGUAGGCCUUUCCUAGCGUGAUUCCAGUGUAUGUUGCUUCAGGCUCCAAUUUAGAAAGAAGAUGGAAUUAUAGCUGAAAUUCUUCCAUAGUCUAGUUUUCUAGUAGGAUUGCCAGGUUCCAUAUGGCAUAGAGCUUCUGUGCCUUGAAUAGCUGCAAUAGAAGCAAGAAUUACAUAUUACCUUUAGGCAACUGUAGCUCUAGCUGCCACAGUGUGCUCUAGUUCAUAGUUAUAUAAAGAGGUUAUAUAAACAGGGAUUUAUAUAUAAAUAAGGAAAGUUGCAAAAUGAAGCACAGAUCAAAACACAGAGUUACUUAGGCUGUGACAGUCGCAAUUAAGGUUACUAGAUUUUGAAAACGAAAGGCCAACUAUGCCUCAAAUAAUUGGCUAGAAGAGAGAAUUUUGGCAAAUUCACUUCUCAAACUGUAGAUCUGUGGUGGUGGUGGUGGGGAACUACACAUAGUAACAUUUUCAACUGCUGGACACAGGGUCCCAGUUUGUAUUGGCAGCAUUAAUAUUAUUGGCUGUGUUUGAACUGCUAAACCUUAGUAUUACAUGAAUGAGCCUCAGACAUGUCAUCUUCACCUUUUCCUCCACUACUCUGGGGUGACUUUUGCUUCUGUUUUUAACCACAUGUUAGUGUCCUGUCCAAACCCAAGCAAACUAUGACUUACCAUAAAACAAGCAAGCAUUCACAGACAGAAACGUGCAGCUUGUCCACACCUCUGUCACUCAGGAACUAAGUCAUGGUUUAGCUUUGUUUUAUGUCCAAACCUGGGAUUGUAAUUUGCCCCACCCAAACAGACAAGGAGUGGUACAUCAAGAACAUGCCUUAGUUACAGCGCUUGGUUUGUUGGGAGUAGGGCAAAUCACAAGCCCAAGUUCGAAUGUAACUCAGAAGCCCAGGUUCGAAUAUAACUCACCAAACCAUGGCUUAGCUCUCAAAAGUGAGGGAGGAGUGACCUAGUUUCAGUUUUCUCCCUGUGAACCAGCAUACUUGCUUGGUUUGGGAUGAUGGCCAAAGCUUCCCUACCCUUGAGUUAGGUGCUGUGAUGAGACUGCCCGCUACUUUUUAAAUUUGCUUCCCUCUCUCAUAUUCACUUGUGUCAUAGGACACAAGUUUGAUACUAUUCAGUGGGAAUUCUGAGUAAACACGCCUGUAAUUGGGCUGUUAACCUACAUGGGGAACAUUUCUAGUCAGACAGACAAAUUUAAGUAUACUUAGAAAUGCUUAUCAACAGAUUUUCAGAUUAAGAGUUUACUUGCUGGUGAAGACCAAAGUCCAGCAUUAUGUUUCCACCAGUGGCUGGCCAAAUGUCUUUGGAAGCGCACACACAGGUCAUGGCUUUUGUCUGUUGCGUGUCACCAGCGUACUGCAAAGUAUAUUGCCACUUGAACAUGAAAACUACCAUGAGUAAUAGUUCUCUGUUCACUUAUGUUUGUCUAGACCGUUUUAAGAAACCAGUAAAAUGAUUUGUAAGGAGAAAAGAGUUGUGAGGCAGGUGUGUGUGUGUGCAUUCUGCAUGCUGGAUUCAAGCAAAAUCCAGAGUGUACCGUAGUUUUCACCAUAUAGGACGCACUUUUUCCCCUCCAAAAAUGAAGGGGAAAUGUGUGUGCGUCCUAUGGGGUGAAUGCAGGCUUUCGCUGAAGCCUGGAAAGGGAGAGGGGUCGAUGCGCACCGACCUCUCUCACUCUCCAGGCUUCAGGAAGCUAUCCACAAGCCUUGGGAGCCGGUCUCCCAAGGCUUGCAGAGAGCUGCCUGCAUCCCGAAGCAUCCCGGAAUUUUUUUCUUUAUUCCCCCACCCCCCCGAACUAGGUGCGCCUUAUGGGCCGGUGCACCCUAUGGGGCAAAAAAUGCGGUAAUCUUCAUUUCCUUAAGGAAUGCGUCAUUGGUUGCUAACUAAACUCUAUGCUAGGCCUGGGUGAUGUAUCAAUACAUUGCCUAGGAUCAGUUUGGGAACCAGAGUGUGGUUAUAUACCACCCAGCGGUAUGCCUGUCCAAACCCAAGCAAACUAUGGCUAUGAAUUGUGUGGGUAGCAUGGUGGAGCCUAACUACUGCAAUACAAGCCCUGAGCAGAGAAAAGAGCGGAAAGCUUUCGCAUAAGGAAGUAAAAUUCCUGGGCUUACCUUGUGUUCUUUGAUCUAUCUCUUAAGUGUGUUGAAUUCAACCUUUUGAGUACGUAGAGAUAAGCCCUUAUCAACCAGCAGUUAAAAUAACAAACCCUCCCACCUUGCUGAGUUGGACAGAAACUCCCCAAGGCUUCUGGGCUAGAGUAAAUGUGUACAAAUGUUAUACCAGUCAGCCUUGAUGGGGACAAAGUUUACACACUGAAGAGAUCCACUGCAACAAAAGUUUUGCAUUGUUUUAUGUAGUCCAAUGCAGUUUAAAGUGAGUAUUUUAAAUUAAAAUACUUAGUUUUUAACUCAAUAGAUUUAUCUAGAGAGAGAUCCAUUUCCUGCUAGCAAAUGAUGCACAUUAAAGUAAUCUGUAAAUACACAUAAUGACUCCUGUGGAGGGCAGGAGAGGUGAGUGAGUGGGUUUUCCUAUUGUCUGCUAUGAAUGAGAAAAGUGUCUCAUGCACUCUGAAUUCAAUCUGCCAUAGCUAGCAAUGGGACCAUAGUAGAAAGAAUAAAUAUUGGCAGUACAAGCUUUACAUUUUUAUUCUCUUGAAAAAUUAGCAAAUGUUUUAUAAAGCUAUUGAAUUUUUUCUUCCCAGUGGUUGGACAUCUGUUUUAUAGAACUUUUCAGUCAUAUUAUUUAAGAACAUUUAUAUUUAUAAUCAGUGCUUUUUUUCUGGGGGGAUGCUGGGGUACACAUAUCCCUAAACAUUUUGUGAAUCUAAGUUUGGCCUUUUUGAGGAGCAGUAUUUCAAUAUGAGUAGGAAAAUGAGAGUAUCCCUAAACAUUUUUUUUAGAAAAAACCACACUUUUUAUAAUGAACCAUUCCGAAAUCCCCCGCACUGUGAAUAUAAUUUUCUUUGUUCAAGAUUCUUGUAUAUGAUAUUCUUAUCUCAGUUAUAUUUUAAUUCCUUAGUUCAAAUAAUAAAAUCCUUCAUUCCUAAUUUAAUGUAUCUUAACUCUUGCACUUGUUAAGCACACACCUCUCCAACUGGAAUAAAAGCAAACUGAUUCACCUGUCACCUAAUUGUUUCUCUCUCUAUAUGUCAUUGAGUUUCAACUGUCUAUACAUUUGUUAAACAUUUGGAUGGGUGGAUCAGUUUUUGUUUGAGCACAAUUUACUAUCUUUUAAGAGAAAUAUUGUAUUUGUUGGAAAAUACACUAUUUUGAGAAGUUCUGAUAACAUUUUUUUUAAAAAAUUUUUUAGUCAGAACUUGGGAUUUUACAGACCCAAAUAUUAAGGAUUGCCUAACCACUAGAAAGAAGGUUGCCCUAGGUCUGGAAUGUACCUUAUCAUUCCUGAGUUGCAGCAUUCCUCUGAUGUCAAAUACAGUGGUACCUUGGGUUACAAACACUUCGGGUUACAAACGCUUCGGGUUACAAACUCUGCUAACCUGGAAGUAGUACCUUGGGUUACAAACUUUGCCCCAGGAUGAGAACGGAAAUCGUGCGGUGGUGGCAGCGAGAGGUCCCAUUAGUGAAAGCGUGCCUCAGGUUAAGAACGGUUUCAGGUUAAGAACGGACCUCCGGAACGAAUUAAGUUCGUAACCCAAGGUACCACUGUAGAGUCCUACAUGUUUUGAUUUUGUCAUGACAGUUGAUAAGUUCAUUGAUAGAGCCUAAAGCAGGAGUCAUGUUUUGAAGAAUGCCCUAGAUUGGUAAAAUACAAGAAGUUAGUGUGUACUGAUGGACCUCUCUAUAAAUUGACCUGGGUGUCUCCAGAGGUGAUGGCAGAGCUGAAACCUGACACUGCAUUUUCAAGAAUCUGAUUAUGAUUUGGUUCACAUGUAAUGUAGACCUAAACCAUGGGUUAGCACAAGCACACAGGCUCCCCAAAGGCAGAUUCUGGUUGCUUUGCUUCUCCUUUGUCCAAGCUUUUGCAGUACUGUGAGCUAAGCAAUGAUUUCAUGUAGCAUAUUGCCAGAACCCAGGCUUAUACUUUUUGUGCUCCAGAUAAACCAUGAAGCAGUAAAGCAGCCACAGUCUCCUCUCUGGGAACUUUCAUGUUCCUACUAAGUCAUGGUUUGGCUUAGCAUCACAUGCAAACUGGGACUAUAAGUUCUUAAUUCAAAAUAUGGUGAUGGUUUGGGAGUCAUAAAGAUACUGGUUCAGUUCAGAUGUAAUACUAAUUGUUUGGUGUUUCAUGAGCAAGCCUUAGGCUUGUGUAUCCCCUUUUCUUGCCCUUUCCUUCUUCUGUACACACUAUGUAUACACUAUUUUUGACAGAACUAGGAAGUACUGGAAGGAAUUUGAGGGAGGAGGGAGUGUAUGAUCCCAAGUUUUGUUGUGUGGUUCCAAAAUAUGGCUUGGAAUUAUGGUUGAAUAGAGCCAGUGAGACACUGAGCUUGUACAGUUCACAUAGCUGCAUGAGGACAGGUUUUUUAAAAAUAUAUUUACUAGUUUACAGUAUAUAGAAUCUUAUAUAAUGUAAACAUCAUAGUUAUAUUUUGUUGAAUUUCAUAUUGUUGUAUUUAGGGAAUCCCUUGGAUUCAGUUCUCUUUGGAGGACCAUGUGAAAAGUAUAUGCAGAGCCUGGUGCAAUUCAAGCCAAAACGUUCUUUUAAAAAAUCUUAUUAGUCUUGUUUUAUUUGGCUAUUUUCAGAUAGAAGAAUCCAGUGUUGGAAUGUCUUACUCUUGCUCUUUGAAGCUGCACUGAGUGUCAGCUUGGUUUAUCUACCUUGAAGAGCAAAUCAAUGCACAGCUUGAAGAGAGGGCAUGGGAUGUUGCCGUGCCUGGAACAAUGAUCAGGUACCAGAAUGAACCUUAGAUUUAGAACGGAAAGAAUAUUAAUAGAUGAGAAUUACAGUAGCUUACUUUUUCAACAUACAACAUGUGAAAUGUUAGGGUCUGUACCAACAUAACUCUACAAUUCUGGAGGAAAGGUGGGAUAUACCAGUAAAUAUCAAUAACAGUAACAACCAAUUUCAUACAGUUCUUUAAAUUGCACCUAACACUUCAAAUUUUGUUCUCCUUUGGGAGGAACCGCCAUUUUCAAAACAAAGUUCUAGGUUUCUCUAUAUUUAUUGUUUACUGUGUUCCCUUUAUUCUGCAUACAAUCCUAUAUUAUUUUCCUUUUAUAUACUCCUCAAAUCUGGGUAUAAUGUUUAGUUAUUAACUUGGGAUUGGAUACAGACUUAGUUAUGCUUAGAGUAGCUCCCCUUGAAACCAAUGAGGUUUGUUACGCUAACUUAAAUCCCAUUGAUUUCAGUGGGCCUUCUCUAAGCAUGAUGAAGUCUGGAUCCAACCCUUAGUGUCACGGUGUAUGCUUGAAGUAAUGUAGGUCUCUGGUUAAUAAAUGUACUAGUUUCCUAUAGCAGAUAUCAGAUAUUUGAUAGGUUUGUCAUGCAAGAUCUAUUCGGAUGGCUGGCUUUGCUGUGAUAUUGUUAUGCACUCAUCAUAUAAUGAAGGGAGAGAGCUUUUCUGUUCUGCAGCUUUUCUACAUGCUGUUCUAAUAUUCACCUCACGUAUCAGCAUUGUUUUCAUUAUCAUCCGGUCCCACUUGCCCCACACCCCUCCCAGCUGGCAGGGUCUGUAUCAUAACCCUUUGAUGCUGUGUCGCAGGGGUUUGAUUGGUAGCAUCUGCCUGCUCUGUGAUGAGAUUCCUCUGAAGAAAGGCAGGCUGUUGUUGCCUGAUUCUGAUUGGCUGUCCCACCUGACUCUCCUCUUCUCUUCCCCCCUCCUUUUUCAGAGCACACCACAGCAGGCUGUAUUCUGAAACCUAA